AUGGCCGACGAUGGAAUGCUCUUGAACUUUGCCAUCGGUGACUCUGUCAUCAAGCCCGAGGCAAAGUUCAAAGGAGGCAGGUGGCGCGACCGCCUCACGGCGAAGAAGCGCUCGCAGCAUCAUCCCAACCCCGACGCCGCCCAGAACAAACACGGCGAAUCGAAGAACCCAAAUCACAUUCAAAUCCCCUCUACAAGGCCUGCAAAGCGACAAAGGACUUCCGACGAUGCGCCCAGCGGUGGUCGUUCGCGAGGCCAGCAUCAAUCAUCGCAGCGGAAGAACCCCAAUGAUUUCGUUUCCUCGCUUUUCACCAAGAACCCCGAGGCUCAGAACGCCAUCGAACCAAAGACCGACGAGCCUGUUGAAGAUGCAAAGCCGACAAAUGCCCCCUUGAUCGACGGGCUCGACACUUUCACAAACCUAGGCCUCUCGCCGAACUUGGCCGCGCAUCUUCUCACAAAACUCGAAUUGAAGGCGCCUACUGGUAUUCAAAAGAGUUCCAUCUCACAGUUGCUUAAGGAGGAUAGCGACGCAUUCAUACAGGCCGAGACUGGUUCUGGAAAGACCCUGGCUUACCUUUUGCCGCUAGUCCAGCGCAUUAUGGCUCUCUCAAAAGCUACAAAAGAGGAUGGUGUCCACCGCGAUAGUGGACUGUUUGCGAUCAUCUUGGCUCCCACUCGCGAGUUGUGCAAACAGAUCUCUGUAGUUUUGGAGAAUCUUCUCCGAUGCGCGAACUGGAUCGUUUGUGGAACCGUGAUCGGUGGGGAAAAGAAGAAAUCAGAGAAGGCACGGUUGAGGAAAGGCCUAAAUAUUCUUGUCGCCACCCCUGGACGUCUUGCCGAUCAUCUUGAUAAUACUCAGGCGCUGGAUGUGAGCAAUGUACGCUGGUUGGUAUUGGAUGAGGGUGAUCGCUUGAUGGAACUUGGAUUUGAGGAGGAAUUGAAGGGUAUUGUCAGCAAGCUUGACGCGAGACAGCGACCCAGUCGCAUUCCUGGCGUGCCAACACGAAGGACUACUGUUCUGUGCUCUGCUACUCUGAAGAUGAAUGUGCAACGUCUUGGAGAAAUCAGUUUGAAGGAUGCGGUGCAUAUUAAGGCGAACGCGGAGGAUGGGGAUGAGGGCGUGAAGAAUGGAAGUGAUGACGGAGAAGAAAACUUCCGCGUUCCCGCACAGCUCAAGCAAUCCUACGCAAUUGUUGCAGCUAAACUGCGUUUGGUCUCGUUGACCGCAUACUUGAAGAGAACAUUCAUCCGAAAAGGCUCUGUGAUGAAGGCUAUUGUGUUCGUGUCAUGUGCCGAUGAGGUCGAUUUCCUUUUCGAGGUGUUCUCUAGAAAGCACGGCAAGAGGAGAGAGGAUACACCCGAAAAGGAAGGCGAGGAGAAGAAGAGCGACGAUGAAGAAAAGAAAGAGAAGGACGAGCGAGAGAAGCUCUCCCCACAUGGCACCAUCGCUCCUGGUACAGCUUUCUCCAACCCAUCGAACCCCGUUGUCCUCCACCGACUCCACGGCUCCCCCCCCAACACCACCAGCGCCUCCGUCAUGAUCUGUACCGACGUCGCCUCCCGCGGUCUGGAUCUGCCCAACGUCGACCUAGUCAUUGAAUACGACCCCGCCUUCAGCGCAGACGACCACACCCACCGUAUCGGCCGUACCGCCCGUCUGGGCCGCGACGGCCGUGCAUGUAUUUUCCUCCAGCCCGGCUGCGAAGAGAAUUACGUCGAGGUCCUCAAGCGCGGCUACCGCGACGGAGGCAAAGCGCUCACCCGCACUGACGCCACUGAGAUCCUGAAGCGCGGCUUCGGUAGCACCAACGGCUCGAACAGUAAGAAUUGGGAGGAAAAGACCACCGAUUGGCAGAUGGAUUACCUCGAAAUGGCCCGUCGCGCAUUCCAGUCCCACAUCCGUGCCUACGCGACUCACAUCGCUGCCGAGCGCAGCAUGUUCAAUAUCAAGGAACUCCAUCUCGGUCAUCUUGCUAAGAGUUUCGCGUUGCGCGAUCGGCCCGGCAAAAUCAAUGUCCCGGGUCUGCGUACUAGCCAGGCAGAGACGAAGAAGGACUUCAAGGCUGCUCGCGGUGGUGCGGGACAGAAGAGAAAGGCUGGUGCCGCUGAUGAUGGACCAACUUCAACAAACACCGACGAUGCGGCACGCAAAAUGAGAGCCAAGAUGAGGGAGCAUAUGGCUGGCGCGAACGAGUUCAACCUGGCUUAA